AUGCUGUUUAAUAGUCCUCCAUCUGAAUUAGUUUCUGGAAUUCUCGAUAAGUUGUCAUUUUCUGGUCAAAAUGGUUUGACUUUGAUAGAAUUAUGGGACUAUAUGACUUCCAAGCUUCAAUUUAAUGUUCUUGAUGAUUUUCAAAAACAAAUUAUUUGGCAAUGGCUAUUCUUCAGCAACGAUGACAAUACCCCCCUUCUACUAUAUGUUACUCGUGGUGAUGAACCAUUGACAAUUUUACCUGACUAUAAGGCUUUUGUUGAGUAUGAAGGUGGAGAAAAUAAAAUUCGAAUAUUGGUUACAUCAGAUACACAAUGGAGGUAUUUGACUGGUUUGGAACCAUCUAAGAAGGCAAGAGUUCUGCUUGGAGAAAAACCCUUUGAGUUACUAUGUGAAAUCGCGAAGUAUGGAAUAUCUGGAAUACUUUCCCCUGAUUUGUGUAAGGCUACUGGCCAAGACCCUAGAUCGCUACCAUUGCGAUUCAAAAAGCUAGAAGAAUGUGGCUUCAUUGUCAGAAAGAAUGUAUACGAUGAAAAGUCACGGCAGCAUACAAGCUUGUGCGUUCAUUCUAAGUUUUCUGGACAGUGGCAUCAUACUGAAACUUCCGAGGAGCAGACCCAUAAGAAUGCGUUCAAACUUCGACAAUUGAUUGUAAGUUCAGUUAAACUGGCCCCAAAUAAUUUGAGAAGCUUCAAGGACUUAAAGAAAGAAUUGAAAAUGGACAAAACAAAAUCGUCUGGAAAGUUUUUUGGCGCGAUCGUAGAAUAUCUUCAUAAGAAUGGAUAUGUAGAGAAGUUAAUGGUCAAGAUUCCAGAAGAUGAUCAAUUAGUAUAUUCUAUUAGAUACGUCAAAGAUUUGCCUAAGGAUAUCUGUGACUUAACUGAUUAUGUCGAAGUUUUUAAUUCUAUUGACUCGAAUGUUGACGAGGAGUCCAAUUUCAUUGAAGAUAAACCAGUAGCUGAUAAUCAUGAAGCUCAAGAAGUCCCGCAUUUGAAUAACUUUUUUCCUUUGUCAAAUCAGGUAUUGCAGAAUAUUGUUUCAUCUCAGGACUCAGGACAAACAUCCAAGGAGAUUGUAAGGAACCUUGCAGGUAUUUCUGGAUACCGGCCCUUUACGAGAGUACUAGAUUCUCUAGCAAGUUAUGUGGUUGACGAUCAUAUGCUACUACCAUUAAAGAGCUACAAGGAUCUUUACGACGAUCUUUCCUUAGUUCGCUCAUAUGAUUAUGAAGGCAAAUUCAAGCUAUACAGGUACUUCACAAGAGGAGAAUUCAAGUCAUCAGACGUGAAAGAACAUAAAUCUCAAAAGAAUAACGGUAUUAUUUCCAAAUUGUCCUUAUUAAAAUUGAAUGAUAAGAAUUACGAUAAACUAGGAAAAAUUCCAAAAGGUGAUUUAAUGGUACUACGAAAAAGAAUUAAUACCGCUCCAGAAGUCAGGCAUUUAAAAAGAAAAAAGAUAGAAGAUAACACAAGAAGCAGUCGGAAAGCAAGAAAGCGUGAAAGAGUCAAUUACGAAGAACAAGAAAAUGUUGUCGAUGAAGCAGCCAUAGAGGUUGAAGAUGAUAUUCAACAAACUGGAGGUGUCACAAUAGACAGUCUUAAACCAAUUGCACCAAUUUUUGAAGCUGUUUUUCCAAAACUCAGAAAUACUAAUAAUAAGAGGUCGGUUACUUCAUCAUUGAAAGGGGGAAAAAGGAGAACUGAAUUGCUAGAGAUAAUAAAGGAGUUGGGAGGAGUUACUUAUACCACAGCAAAAUUGCGUCGUUUAUUGGACAAGCGUCUUGGAAAUUCAACUGCAACUGAUAUCAAGACCUUAGCUAGGGACAUUUCGAGUCUUAUAGCUUCAAAGGACUUGGAUGUGGAAACAAUCGCAUUUUGUAAGACAGGGCAACAAAUCACGAGAAAGCUUUUGAUUUUAACAGAGGAAGAGUAUAGACCCUCUUCUGAGCAAAUUCAGCUUGCCAAAGACCAAUGCAUAUCCGAUGUUGGUGAGAAUAGAAAUCAAAAAUCUAGAAGAAUUAUAGAAAGUGAAGUAACAUUAUUUCUGUCAACAGGUUUGAGGAAAAUGAGACAACGAGAAGGAAGAUUGGAAUCAUUGGGACAGGCCGAUGAAUUUUCAAAGCCACCUAGAAGAAAACCUGCGAAGAAAGAUCUGACUAAUGCGUUCGACUCUAGUGAGGUCCCAAUUCAAAUUGAUGUUACAUUGCCCAAACUUGCAUCCAAGAAGCACCGUAGAAGAUCAAAGCCAAACAAAAGAAUCAACGAAGGAACAAUAUCUAGAUCUCCUAGAAGGUAUAAAUCAAGUUCCAAGUUUGACAAGUCAGAUGCUACAACUUUAUUUAGGGCUAUUGUCAUCUCUAAGACAUUCAUGAGAGGCUCGAUUGAUUUUGAUGCAAUUGCCUCGUUAUUUGAUGAUAUGGAUGGGAAAAGUGUAAAGCAGAAGUGGACGGUUGUUAGAAAGCUGGUCGGUGGGUUAGCCGCUGUAGCAAAGGGAAUAGAGGCAUUUGAGCACAUCAUCCAGAAGGGAAUUGAAGAUGAUUUGGUGUCCUCUGAAGAUUUGGAGAAUAUUAAAUUCAAAUUCUUUUUAGACUUAUGGAAAGAUUCAGAUGGAUCUGUAUUAGACAUAGAGGAUAAAAUGCCCUUGUUUCGAACCAAGAAAGAAAAUUCUUCCGCCUAUAGCAAAGUUCAGGUUUCUGAAUCGCUGCUGAAUUUGUAUGAUCAACUAGAAGACAAUUCAAUGCGCCAAAAGGAAUCCAUUUUAUCUGGAGUAACUUUUUUCCGCAGGGAGUACAAGUUAGAGAGAAAGGAAAACGAUGAAAUUAGAACUAUUCUAAAGGCAAUGUUUGCAACUGCAGAAGAAAAUUUCUCUCAAGCCCAAGUUAAGAAAAUACUUUCUGAAUUUGGUGAUGACAUCACAUACAAAGCUUCAACUGCUUUAAUAAAGGAUAAAGAAGUGUACUUUUAUGCAACUGAUGGCUCCAGUGAUAGAUUCGUUCUAACUGAUAGAGUCUACAAUGCUCUUUCUGUCAAAAUCACUCUGAAAUUUCUAAAUCAAGCUACCAAAUUUGAAGAUAAUCUUUCUGAGAUAUUCCAUGCAAGGAAAGGUAUCAUUCUAUCACAAGGAAUACUUGGUGGACAAGUAUGUUCUUUGCUUCAUUUAAUCUCAAAUGAGGUGGCUUCUUUGGUACACAUCGAUAAAUCGUAUAAAUUCGAUGGAUAUGAAUCUAGAUUGAUAGACAAAGAGAAACUUUCUUGUGAUAUAGUUGUGCAUCAUGGCAAGAAAAAUAUAAGAGCUGGAAGAACCUCAAAGGUACAUGUACCAACUGGGAGGGCCUGUUCACACUUCUGGAUUGAUCUUAAUGGAAAUAUUAAUGAUAAUAAUUGGAAGAGAAUCAUUUUGGCAGUUCUUUACUAUAUACAUUUUCGGCCAGGUAUUCCUUAUGCAGCUUUGCAUUACAAGCUACAUACCGUUUUAGGCGUCAGAGAUUACGAGUCAGUUAUAAAGUGGCUUGUUGAAAGUAAUUGUGUAACAAGAGGUGAAGAUGAAGGACUAUGGGUCCUGUCUGGGUGGUAUUCUAUCUUGGGAUUCUAG